CAUUCCUGAGCUACAGUCUAGUUCCCUGACCAGAUUCUCACUGAAUCUGACUGCACAACAAGGAUGUGGCUGUUGCUUGGGUUCCUGUGCGGUUAUAGUCUGCUGAGCUGUGUCCAGGGAAAUGAAGACUUGGGAGUCUUAUGCACCAUCAGUGAACAGGAGAUUCAGAAGGCAUGGAGGGACAAGAUAAUUGGAGGUGGAAUUCUGGAAAAGCAGCUGAAAUUGGUGCAGCUGCCUAACCUGGGAUAUGGGGGUGGCCUCCUUGGCUCUCUCUUGUCUGUUACCAACCUGAGAAUUUUCUCCAUUCAGUUCUUUGAGAUCUCAGUCAAGCUCAAGCCCAAUCUGGGGAGCCAGCUCAUUAUCCUUCUCAAGCUCAAUGUAGAUGGCAACUGCUUGCUCAAUCUUCUCUCUGGGUUGAUCAACAUCUCUGUGGACCUGCGUCUGAAUGUGGACAUCUGCCUAGGCACUUUUUCGAAAGAGACCAUACAGUUUGUCCCUAACAACUGUUCAAUGACUGUGGGUGCCAUUAAUGUCAAUCUCCUGUCAGGCCUGCUCCCUAUCCAAGCUCAAAUGUUAAUUGGGAACAGCCUAAGGGGGAUGCUACCAUGCUUGAUUUGUCCUGUGGCGAAGGAGGCACUGGUGCAGACCACCAUUCAAAUGUUCAACUCCAUCAAUUCCCUGGCUCCCCUGGGCACACUGGGAACAAUUCGGUACACACUUGCUGGAUCCCCUGCCAUUACAGGCCAGACUGUGGAUCUUAACAUCAUUGUUGCUGUCCGACUGAUGGAAGGUGGCUCCGUUAACAUACCUGCCAACUUAACCCCGGUUGCCCUUCCAAGACUGGAUGGAUACAUGGUCUCCUUGGGCAUCCAUCAGUCCUUCCUAUCUGUUAUCCUUUCCAUUCUCAUCAACCUUUCCCCACCUGUGUUUACCUGCAAUCAGGAAAUGUUUUCUGAGUGUAACCAGCUAAAGAAUGCAAUCUUCCCCUUGAUUCCAUCUUCAUGUUCUCCAUGUCCCUCAUCCUCACCGCUCAUUGUGAAGCUGGUCCUGUCAGAGCGUCCCUUGAUUCUGUUGGAGGAUGGCAAGGCCACGGUCAAACUGUUUCUCAUCAUCCAGCUUUUCCUCCAGAAGGCACAUAACACCUUCUUUCCCCUGAUGGUGCUGAAGGCGGAUCUCUUCCUGAAGGCCAACUUUGUGGUUUCUGGAUGCAAAUUGAUGAUCUCUCUUUCUCUGGAAAGCAUCUCCCUGUCCCUGUCAUCUUCAUCAGUGGGAAGCAUUCAAGUAUCAGGUCUCAAUCCAGUGAUCAGCAAGCUCCUGGAAGAUCUUUUUGUCCCCAGCGUCAAUGGUUGCCUGGUUCCUGGUAUCCCUCUGCCUGAUGUCAUGGGGAUCAAGAUGGUGGAUUCUGUUGUGAAAAUUUUAUCGGGCCUGCUGGUGGUGUGUAUAUGAUCUUGAGUCCUGGAUGGUGAGAGAUCUGCUUGGCUACCUACCUGUCUUCCCUGGGGCAAGAGGAGACUGAACUGGGAGAAGAAGCAAGUAUUACAUUGAAAGUGACACUCUGAAGACCGAGACUGUGCAAAGAAGGCUUGGCCCUGGUGCUGAGCUUGUUGUGGUGCUGGAACCUAGCCUGGGGCCCCCUUCAAGCCAGCUUGCCUUCCCAGCUGCUAAACUGAGGCACAAAUGAACUCAGCUAGUGAGAUUCCUGGUUAUGGGACAUGGACCAGGGUGAGGCUUUUC